UCUAAGAAGUACUGUGUCUGCAGAGUGAACUGUUAUCAGUUACACAACGCCUUUUCACAGCUAUCCUACAAAGUUAGAUAUUCCGUGUGUCAUCAGCUAUCGUCAUGUCUCGUAGAGAGAGCAGAGUCAGCAUCUACAGGCUGCAAGAGAUGAGGGUGGAGAUGGAGGAGAAGAUGCAGGAGAAUAAAGAAAAGCUGCUGGCCGCAGCAAAGAUCAUGGUCCUGAAAGAGAGGGAGGCUUGGCAGAGCGAUAAACAGCAACAUCUGGACGAGAUCGAAAGUCUGAAAAAGAAGUUGUUUGCCACCGAAAAACAGAACAAGAAGCUGAAGGCCGACCUCUACAGAGGAGCAAGGGAGAUUGAACUAAGAGACAACAAGAUCAACUCUCUUAGCCACCGUCUCUCUGCUCUGGAGAAGAAGAGGGUAGAACAGGUCACCUCCCUUCAGCAGAGCCUCGACGCCCAGAAAGAGGAGACAAAGAGUGUGAGAGCUACUGCCACCACCAGGCUGGAGGACAACAAGAAGCAGUGGAUGGAGAAAGUCAACCAGCUGGAAGACCUCCUCACUAAAAAGGACCAAGAACUUGGCAGGGAGUCCAAGAAGAGGCGAGCACGUACAGCUGCUCAUAUCGACACCUUGGCCCAGCUGAACAAAGUGGAGGCAGCUCUGAAAGAGAGCAAGCUGAACAACAAAGCUCUUGAGGAAAGAGUCCAAAAAACUGAGAAGAAGCUGGUGGUGACAGAGGAGAACUUCAAAGAAGAGCUCCAAAAGUCCGAUGAGCGCUUUAAAAAGCAGCUCUCCGACAAUCUGCUCAAAGCCAGUAAGGAGUUUUCCAAACUGUGUGAGACUUGGCAGAACAAGGUGCAGCAGCUGGAGGAGGAGAAAAGAGCCACUGAGGAGAUGCUGCUGACCAAAGAGAAGUCCACCUUGGUCAACAACACUGAUCAACGGUGGCAGGACAAAAUCAAUCAGCUGGAAGAGCUCAUUGAAAAAAGAGAAAAACAGAUCAACAGGGCCAACAAGAAACUCCAAGUCCAAAAGCAGGAUCAUAAAGACACCUUGGCCCAGCUGAACAAAGUGGAGGCAGCUCUGAAAGAGAGCAAGCUGAACAGCAAAACUCUUGAGGAAAGUCUCCAAAAAACUGAGAAGAAGCUGGUGGUGACAGAGGAGAACUUCAAGGAAGAGCUCCAAAAGACAGAUGAGCGCUUUAAAAAGCAGCUCUCCGACAAUCUGCUCAAACCCAGUAAGGAGUUUUCCAAACUGUGUGAGACUUGGCAGAACAAGGUGCAGCAGCUGGAGGUGAAGAAAAGAGCCACUGAAGAGCUGCUGACCAAAGAGAAGUCCACCUUGGUCAACAACAUUGAUCAACGGUGGCAGGACAAAGUCAAUCAGCUGGAAAAGCUCAUUGGGAAAAAAGAAAAACAGAUCAACAGGGCCAACAAGAAACUCCAAGUCCAAAAGCAGGAUCAUAAAGACACCCUGGUCCAGCUGAAGGAAGUGAAGGCGGCUCUGAAAAAGAACAACCAGGAAGACAAAGCUUCUAAGAAAAAGCUGGUGAAGGUUUCUCAACAACCCUGACCACCUUUCUCCCCUAACCCAG